AUGCUUGUACUUGGUGUAAACAUAUCCGCUUGGGAAGUUUGUCGUGCUGUGGAUCAUUGGUUGCUGGUGUUCAAGAAAGAUAAUGAAAUGCUUAUUGUUGAUUGUGCAGCACUAGGUUUCCUCAUCUAUUCAUGGAGGGCGGUCUUAUUUGAGCUUGGUAACUGGAAGAAGGGUGCAUUAUCUGUCAUCGGUUUCGUGGGGUAUCUCUUAAAACUCCUUCUGGCCCUAAUCUUCCACUUCAUUGGUGACCCAAUAACGUCUCUAAUACGAACCCUGGAGACCGGGUUCUACAUGGUUCGAGCUUUCUAUUCCAGAAUACUGCAUUACACCCCAGUCCCAGAAUUCACCACAAUGAUUGUGCUUUCAUCAGCGGUGCUCGCUAUUGCUGAAGCUGCUGUUCCAAAUUCAGUAAGCAGCCAAUCAUAUCUCCUCACGUUAUCCGGUCUAAUUGGCUAUGCAGCAGUAGGGAACUACAUUUCAGAGCCACUCUUCUGGACACUUCUUCUGGGUGUGUACACUUUCUCUCGAUUGGUUAAGAAGAGGGAUGAUGUCACAUCUGCCCUUCCUGCUGCUACUGUGCUCACUGCUAUAGGAGAGCCCUGGGUGAGGGUACUGGUAAUGACUUCAUAUGUCGCCCUUGCCAUCUAUCACCAUUCGAAGAAUCGUACCAAGGGUGAAGAAGGCGAAGUUGUUGCAAGAGGGAAGCAGGUUCCAGCGCCGUUGCUGUGUGCAGGCUUAGCCAUUGGUAUAAAGAUUGCUGCCAAGUGGGCUGGGUAUCGCCACUUGACAUGGAUGGUAGUAUAG